GAGGAGUUUGGCGCAAACUGCGCAAAAAACAAACCAACAUGAGGACCAGCUGCUGAAUCGGGGACAAACGUACAGGUGUUGUACAUUUUGCGUGACCACAGUUACAAGAUGACAUCCCCAAAGCCUACUUACCCCAAUGUGGACGAAGUGUGCCACUCACAGACACAGACAGAGACCCUAAAGCCACUACUUGAAAGCCCUGGCUCUGGGAUCGAGAUGUUUCAGCUUCAUCGACGUGUAAUGUCCAAAGAUGGACGGAGCAAUGUGAGAGUGGAGCACGGCAGUGGAUGGCAUGCGCUAUACCUGCGGGAUCCCUGGACGACCUGUGUGGACCUGCAGUGGCGGUACAAGCUGCUUAUGUUUAGCGCCACCUUUGUGGGCACUUGGUUUGCUUUUGGUCUGUUGUGGUACCUGCUUGCCCUGGUUCAUGGAGACCUGCUGGAAUACGAUCCUCCAGCCAAUCACACAUUAUGUGUAAUGCAGAUGCAGACAUUGACCGGCGCGUUCCUUUUCUCCUUGGAGACACAGACCACUAUUGGCUACGGCUUCCGAUGCAUCACAGAAGAGUGUCCAUCCGGCAUUGUCCUUCUCGUCAUCCAGCUCCUUAUCACCACUGGCUUGGAGAUCUUUGUCACGGGGACCUUUCUCGCCAAGCUGGCUCGACCGAAGAAGCGGGGUGAGACGGUUCGCUUCAGCCAGUACGCUGUAAUAGCCAAUCACAACGGGCAGCCGUGUCUUAUGAUCCGAGUGGCCAACAUGCGCAAAAGUCUACUACUGGGCUGCCAGGUAACUGGAAAACUGCUGCAUCCUUGUGUGCCGAAGGAGGAUGAGACGGUGCAUCUAGACCAGAGAAAUGUCCCGUUUAGUGUGGACACGGCUAGUGAAAGCCCCUUUCUUAUCCUUCCCCUCACCUUCUACCACACCAUUGAUAAUAACAGCCCACUCAGAGCUUGGGCCUCUAGGGGUGGUGGCUCUACAGAGACAGAUCAAGCUGAUUUUGAGCUCUUGGUAAUGAUGAGCUCCACAGUGGAACCGACCUCGGCCACCUGCCAGGUGCGCACGUCCUACCUGGCAAAGGAGAUCCUGUGGGGCUAUGAGUUCCCACCCAUCAUCUCUCUCUCUUCCAAAGGGAAUUAUGUUGCUGAUCUCGCGUAUUUCGACAAGGUUGUAAGGGCUAAAACUCCGCUGCUUUUUCAAGAGUUUGUGCCAGAUAGUCAGCAGGGUUACUGUAGUAGUAACAGGGAGGUAGAGGAAGGGAAUCAGGAGAAGAUUCAGCUGGAGAGGAGUUAUAGAGAGGGAGAAGGAGAAAGAAGAGGUCGUAAUUCCACAGGAGUAAGAGUCAGUAAUGUGUAAUGCACACAAACACACACAUACAUAUUGUUGAAGUCAAAAGUUUACAUACACUGUUUAGGACAUGCAUGUCAUGGCAGUUAUUAUAUAUAAAUGUUUUUGGAACAGUUUUUUUUUUGGAACUUGAGGAUUUUAACACUUUCAAGAAUGCAAUUUAAUUUUAUUGAUUUAGUGGUCUACACAGACAUGAUUGGCAAUGUCUGGAGGUUGGGAAUGGGUUUGCUGAAGGCCUGCGAUGGAUUGGCACCCUGUCCAGGAUAUUCCAUGACUAACUUAAUCAAAUUUAAUCAAAUUAGUCAAUGACAAUAAAAUGACAAUGAUAAAAUGAGAAACAGUAGCCUUUUUGCCAAGCUCAGGUAGAACUAUUCCAUGCACUUAUAACAGGUAGAUUUAAACUAGCUCUUUCUAUUUGGGCACAACAAACUUACCCGCUGUAGGCAUAAUUAAUAACUAGGAAUAAGGAGCCCAUGUUACAAAGUUUAACAACAUGUUGGACCUUUGUACAUCACCAAAAUAAAUGAAUAAGUUGAAUAAGUGAA